AUGGCUGUGGUAGAUUUCAAGGAGUAUCUUCCUGAAUUUGCUCCUAUCAUAGAAAAAGAGAAAUACACUGAAAUCAGCCAUGAUGGAGCCAUUCCAAUCAAUGAAUUUGUAAAAAUUUUUAUAACAGAGUUUGACAAAUUAACUCCUCAAACACUAUUCCAACCACCACACGACAAGAUCAAAAAUAUGAUUGAAUUAGCACGUUCCAAUGUUUCAAUUAUCACUUGCACUGGAAUUGCUCUUAACUGGCCUCCGAUAAUACCAAAGCCAAUACCAAAAAUCGAAGAGGUUUCGCAUUUAUGGCUCUCCAUUAUAAAGAAAGUCAAAUCUCCCAAUAAUUUUCUUUAUUGGGCGACACGACUCAUUUUUCCAAGGCUCUGGAGCCAAAAAUUCUGCAAAUACAACAACCAUGUCAUUGCUAUUUCAUAUUGCACUUACCAAACUCAAACAAAAUGCUGGGCGAUCCUAGAUAACAACUUUAGAAUCUGCAUCUAUGUAAUUACACCUGAAAAUACCCUAAAAUUGUUAGCUAAACAGUUUAUUGCUACAAUUACCGUUGACGAGAAGGACGGAAAGGUCGUUUGUUACGACGCAACGGAUGUUGAAGUCCUCAGCUUCAAACCAGAAGAUUCGGAACACUUGGGCUUCUGGAAAGCAAUCAUCAGUACAAAAGGAAAGACCCAUCAGACAGAAUUCCCGUUUUAUUUGAGUAAAGGACAUUUGCCUUAUCCGAAGCCUCUGAAGAUCGCCCUUUACAGUUCGACCAUUACACCUGACGCAUCCAUUCUCAGAGCUCUGAUUCCACCUGGAAAACCAAUAAAACAACAAAAAGAUGCGUUAGAAGCUUUUUAUACGAUAUUUACGUAUGCAGGCAACUACAUCGUAUUCCUUAAGUCGUUAGCUGCUAAUGAAUUCGAUAAUCCAGACGUCGAUCCAAAGAAUCCGUUGAAUGAAGACGCAGCAAUCACUUAUCUCGCGAAGAAGGUCAUACAAAAGACAGGCAGACAGUACUUCAAGCAUGUUAUAUCGAAAAUCGUUAGAUAUAUCAACUCAAAAGGAAAAAUCGAUUUUAAUCCGGAUACAAUGGACAAACAACUAAUCGAAAAGGUAUUUUCUACGAUAUUCAAGUACAUACUUUCCAGUGCCGCCCAUGUUUCUGCUCAAUUUUCGCAUCUUGCCAAUGUUAUUAGAACAUUUGCAACAGUUUGCUUCAAUGAGAAGAAGAUUGUAAUGGGAUACCUCACGAGAUUGUUCUUCGAACUAUAUUUACUCGAAGCUCUUGACAAUCCCUACAGUUUUGACCAAAAUACGGAUAUUUCCCAUCAAGAAACAAUGAACAAAUUGAUUCGUAUGAUAGCAAAUACGGCCAAAUUCCAACUUAUGAAAGAUAAGAUGCCUGAAUUCGCUUUUCUUGAUGAAAGAAUCGAAUUUCAUAUUCUUCCUGCCCUUGAAAAGUUCAUGUUCCAGAUUUCCGAUAUGCCAAACAAUGCUAGAUACUCAGCCCCAGAGGUUGAAGACCUUGACAAGGCUCUAGAAAAGAUUCUUGAUAUCAUCUCAGAUAAUUUCGGACAAUUCAGCAACAAUAUCCGAGCAAUCUUCGAUGAUAACAGCUACAAGUUCAGUUCCAUUGCUGGAUGGACACUUUCUUCAGCCUUAAUCAACGUAUUCAAGCAACAAAACGACGAUUCAGCCAUUAUAGAGAACAUGAACGCUGUAAAGAUGCGCCACAGGAACAAUUCAGGCGGAAACAACGCGUUCGGAGGCUUUGACGACGUUGAAGCCUUUAAUCCUGACGCAUUUGAGUCAAACAACAACGUAACCUCAUCAGCGAACAUCAAUUCGAUGAUUGCUGAUGCCAAACAGAUCGGAGAUGUCCCUCAAACCAAUACAAACCCUCCAAUGGAUCCUUAUUUGAGCCAGGAAAGUCCGCAGAAGCAAGAUCUUCCUCCAGCACCAGAACUGGACAAAGUAUCCAUCAAAGAGGAACCACAAGAAGAAAAACUUGCUUCAAUUGAAGAAUUAGUCGCAAUGAAGAAGAAACCGCUCCGAAAAGGUCGCAAAGGUAAACGCGCAGCCACUGUUGAAGUCUCUGCCAACGCUGGAGGCGAUUCUACGCCUGCUGUCAAGAAAACAGGCAAAAAAUGUAAAAAAGGCAAAAAACGUGCGAAUACCGUUGAACCAGCUACCAAAACAAACACUUUGGAUGAAGUUAAUCCAACUCCUAAGAAGCGCAGAGGCAAACUUGCGAAGAAAUCUAAGAAAUCCGGAACUCCAGGCGCCGUUACAGCCGACGAAGGCCUUACUCCAUCGAAGAAGACCAGAGGCAGAAGGGGCGGAGGCGGCAAAUCCGUAGAUUUAUCAGAUACGGCCAAAUUAGGUACAAAACCAACGACAAAACGGAACCAACGCUCCAAAAGCGUCGACAACGGACUUAUGUCCAUCGAAGAACUUGUUCUCACCACGAACAAGCCUAAGACAACUCGUCGUCCCGCAACAAGAAGAGGCCAAGGUCCGAAAACAACGGAUAACAGCGGUUUGGCACCUUUGGAACUACUUACAACACAAACUCCAUCGCCAAAGACAACGAGAAGAGCCAAAGGAAAAGGAGCAGCCAAAACAGCAUUGACUAUGGAUGGUGGAAUAUCUAGUUCACCAUCAGGAAAUCUCCCUACAAAGAAGAGAACAACUAAGAAGACAUCUUUGAAGACAUCGACAAUUGAUGAAUCAUCACCAGCAACGAAGAAAUCAUUGGGAACAAAGAAGAGGAGGAUUUCCAAUGAGACAAAUAAUGCAAAGACAAUUGAUGGACCACAAACAAGUUCGCCAAGGAAAUCUUUGAAGAAGAAGAAAGCUCCUGGCGCAACAACACUGGAUAUGAAUCAGUCGCCUUCAACAAAUGUUCCGCAGAAAACAACAAGGCCAAAGAAAGUGAAAAAGAUGGCAACAAUGAAGGCACCAACUUCUUUGGAUUUCUCUAAUAUACAAGAAGGAAAUGAAAAGAAAUCUGCUACUUCAAAGAAAUCUUUAAGAUAA